ACCACAUGUUAUUGACUUCCGGACUACGUGAGGACUGAGGUGUGCUGACCUACUAAUUGUUUGGAGCAAGCUAAUAGUUCUCGAAUCUGGAUAAAACCUCGAGCACCGAACAGCGAUGUUCUCUUCUCGUCGAAGCCCGACCAAGAAUCCACGAAGAGCGGAAGAGCCAUUGCUGGCAGCGAGUUUGAGGCCGGAGAACUACUUGCCUGGGUUUGUAAUCGGGUUCCUCUUAGGGUUGUUCGUAGAUUUCGCCGGAGCCAGUCUGCGAAAUCCAAAGAGAAAGUCAUCGUUUGCCCGGGAAAAGCUGAAUCACGCAUCGUUUGAUGAUGGUGGUAAUGGGGGCGGCGGCGAGCUUAAGAUGGUGUUGGUUGUUAGGCAAGACUUGAAGAUGGGUGCUGGUAAAAUCGCUUCUCAGUGUGCUCGUAAAUGCAGCCACUGGAAUGUAUGCGGAGUUAUUGCAAAGGUGCCGUUUAGCCAUCUCUCUCUGUUAAGACAAUGGGAACAGUGUGGACAGGCCAAGAUUGUAGUCACUUGCAAGAAUCAACAAGAAAUGAAUAGGCUGAAGGGCACGGCUGAUCAAUAUGGCCUUCCCACAUUUAUCGUUGCUGAUGCUGGGCGCACACAGGUUCAAGCUGGGUCAAAGACAGUUCUUGCCAUUGGACCGGGGAAGAAGGCCGUGGUGGAUUCUGUCACUGGCAAACAACGCCUUUUGUAGCGAAGCGCCUCUAAAUGCUUGUAAUAUUUCACUUGCUUUCAUUUUUUAAAUCCUAUGUUAUUGUAUAUUUGCUGC